AUGGGAGAUCUGCUUAGCAACUCUGAGCUUUUCAAAAAGCUAGGCGUCGACAGCUCCAAUCAGUGGAUUCUAUACGAUGAGCAACUGGAGAAGUUCUUCAAGUUUUUGUCCCAGGAUGUCACGGACGCUAACAUUUUGACUGAAAGUCAGGUCCUGGAGCGGGAGGAGAUGCGACGCCGGAACGAGUGGCUGGAUGAAUCAGAUCGAGAGCUGAAGCUGCUGCAGAUCGAGUCCGAAAGUCCAGGACUACUGAAGUUCAACCGACAGGACGUAUCCGCCUUGACAAUGGAAAUAGCCUCGAUCGAGGAGGCUUCUCGGGACUACGCCUUGCUCCUUGAGGAUAUGUUAAACGCCAAGCAUUCAAUUAGCAAUCAUCUUAGCGAGCUGGAGUGCGCUGCGUGUGAGCUGCAAAGCAAGGAGAGGGAACUACUCGGCGAGUGCCAGUCGAAGGCCAAACAGCUGGAGGAUCUGCAGCGGGAGAACUGCCGCUUGAGUGGAGAGGCAAAAAAAUCAUUCACAACUCCACAGAUGCCGCCGCUCUUCAUGCAUCAACUGCCACUGGAGCAGUAUUUCCUUAAGUGCGACUCGUUCAUGCAAUACUUUACGUUGUAUGUGAAGGAAAACUUUAAGAUCCAGGAGUACGACGAGUUUCAGAUAGCCGAGAACGAUGUUCUGCAUGAGAAGCACAAACUAGAGGAUCUUCAGAAUGGGAUUCAGCACUAUGCACUCUCAUAUAUCAAACAAAAGGCCAAGGCGCAAGCCACACAGGCAUUGAUUGACCAACUGGAUUUCGGCCAGAUUCAUUGCCUCAGUCUGGCAGAUAUGGCACGGGAAAUGCACGAGUUGCAGCUCCUAAAUGAGCACCAGCUGAGCAACGUUCACGACACCCUAUUGAACGACCUAACUAUCCACGUUCAGCAACAUACUCAACGUCGCAUUGAGCUCGUCCUCUAUGAGAAUACUAAGCUAAAGCUGGAUCGAGCCAUGCAGCGACAUGAAAGCGACCUCAAACUGACCAAGAUUAUAUCGGAUGCACUGUCCAAUGCGGAACUGCUAUGGAUUGCCAUUCAGCUGGACUGUGACAAGAAGCGCAACUGCUUGGACACCUCGGAGGAGCUACGGAACCAGGCACAGGCAACCUGGCAACGGGUUCAGACAAUGCGAUCGAUUAAUAGCACUCAUCAGGGUAUCUGCGGGCAGUUUAUUCAGGAGAUUGCCAAUCUUCUUUCAGCCCAUCUUGGCCAUACAGUUAAGGCCGGCGAAGCGAAGCCCUGCCUCUACGAGUAUGAAAAGUUUGGGCGUCUGCUUUCGUAUUCCCUACAAAGCAUGCUCAACAAAAAAUCCUCUGAUUCCGUGCGCGAUCAGCUAGAUAAGAUCAAACUUUUGGAGCAGACCCUGCGGCCUUAUGUUUUCGAUUCCCCUAUCGAACAGCCUAUGCUGGAGAAUGUUCGGUAUUUAAGUGCCAUUUUCAAUGUCACCCAGCAGCAAAGUCGAUUGGAUGAAGCUGUCCGACAGCUACGAACAGAUUUCCUACAAAACGUAUCCGGGCGUAUGGACAUGGACAAGCUUUGGCGAUAUAGUGUGGUCCUGUGGAUCUGGUUUCUCACAGAACCUCAGAGAGUCCUUUAUGCGAUCGAUGAGGUUAAGAAGGCUUCGGCUGCUCAAAUCCGGCCAGGUGGUGGACUUCAGCGAAAGUAAAGUUAGUUAAUAUGCAAUCUGUCCCGUCAAUAAAUUAAUUUAAUAUAAAACUUGUUCGACCUGAGGUCCC